AUGAAUCCCAUAGAGGCUGUCACCACCUCUCCAUCUGCCCUCCUGCUACUUCCACCACCACCAUCCUUCUCGUUUGAUCAAGUCAAAGAUGUAUUUGAGACUGCGGUAUCAGAUGCCCUGGUGAAACUCCAGAAGACCCCUAACCGUUCUGGGUGUGCACCGACCCUCGACAUUGCUGCAGAUAUUCCUGGAUUAUUAUCUCCUGCCUGCAGACCUCGAUCAAAGAUCUUCCCUCAACUACAACAUUACCUUACCAGUAUUUAUACUCUAAUUGGGGCCGUCGCAACAGAGCGUAGUAUUGAACUAGACACGCCCGGUGGUAUUAAUACGAGGGUAAUUUUCGUCGACUCUUCACUCUCUCAUCAAAUAUUUGCAUCUGCUAGCCGUUCAGCAAUUGGGCCAAUUCUCGAUCUGCAGACUCUGGCAGAGGCAGUGCAAAGCCAGUAUCGAAAAUGGUCCCACAUAUUUUAUUUGGGCAGCAAAGCUGGCAAAGAGCUAGCUCAGGCCUUUGUGAGUCUUGCCCCGAGUUCUUCACAAGAUCGCAUGACAUCGAUCCUUCAGUCGUUCAGUUGCGGGGACUGGUCUGUUCCGCUGCCUGUGCUGGUUCCUGAGGAUCAGCAGUCGUCAAUGCCCCACUAUUCGGUGGCGGUGGGAGGUACUUUUGAUCAUCUUCAUCUUGGUCACAAGCUUCUCCUCACGGCUACGGCUUUGGCCUUGGAGCCUUCAUAUGCAACCGAUGAAAGCCAAGAAUCGCUGUUAACAGUCGGAGUGACUGGAGACGCACUGUUGGUAAAUAAGAAGUAUGCGGAGUUUUUAGAAGACUGGAACCAGCGCUUCCUUGUCAGUCAAGGGUUUCUCAUGGACAUCAUGAAUUUCUCGGGCUCUUUGGAGGUGAAUAAGACCAUCACCCCCGACGGAAAAGGAAGUUUGAUCCUCACGACCAUCCAACCACACAGUCCAGGAACAGGAGUGACGUUGAAGUUUGUGGAGUUCUUCGAUAUAUGUGGACCCACAGUCACCGAUGAAGGUAUCAGUGCGCUUGUGCUAUCCAAGGAAACACAAGCCGGAGGGGCUAUAGUGAAUAAUGAGCGAGUGAAGAAGGGAUGGAAGCCACUGGUUAUAUUUGAAGUGGAUGUGCUUCAGACGGGAGAGACAAUGAAUACCGAAGGAUUCGAAUCCAAAAUCAGCAGCACAAACAUUCGACGCACGCUAUCCAAGGCAUGA